AUGGUAUUUUUCACGUGCAACGGUUGUGGGGAAUCGGUUAAGAAGGCGUCUGUAGAAAAACACAAAAUAAUAUGCCGUCGCAGCUACACAAUUUCUUGCAUGGACUGUGGCAAAGACUUCAAUGGUCAAGAAUACCAGGCUCACACGAAAUGCGUAUCAGAGGCGCAGAAGUACGACAUGAAGGGUGACGAGUCGAUAGCCAGCAAAGGUGACCUUAAACAACAGUUGUGGACGGAACAGGUCCAGCGAGCCAUCGCUUCGACCGAGUCAUCCAACAGUCGAUUGAUUGACGCGUUGCAGCAACUACGUGAUUUUCCAAAUAUUCCAAGGAAGAAGGCAAAGUUCAAGAAUUUCCUGCUGAAUUCGUCGAGGAUCCGCAAUCCGCUCUUAAUUGAUCAGCUUUGGGACGCAAUUUCGUCCGCAGACGUCGCCAGCAAGUCGAAUGGCAACUCGAAUGAUGCGAACAAAAGCGACCCAAACUGCGAUAGCAAAGCAAAUGACUCCGUCGUGUCUGAUUCUAAACCAGUGGUGGAGGCGAGUGAAAACGGUUUCGCUCUUCUAAGUACUGAUAAAACCAAGAAAACUGCCGCCAGCAUGAAGUCGGCUGUCUUCGAAGAUGGAGAAACAGUGUUUGAAAGUCCGGCUAAAAAUGGGAAGAAGCUUAAAAUUAAGCCAAUUCUUAAACGAAUUCUUGCCGAAGCGCCCAACAAUGAAAUGAAGUUCAAAAAAUUGAAGAAGAUGGUCUAUUCGGCAAUUCCCUGUCAAGACGAUGAAGCAAUCCCUAAAGAUGUUGUUUAUAACAUUGUUGAACGUCAUGUUUCAAACAGUUCUAAAUUUCUACUCGAUGGCAAGAAGGUGCGACUCGUCGUCAAUACUGCAUGUUGA